AUGUCCUUCGAAAUCCCAAAAACUCAAAAAGGUGUUAUUUUCUACGAAGCCGGUGGUAAAUUAGAAUACAAAGACUUGCCAGUCCCAACCCCAAAGCCAAAUGAAAUUUUGAUCAAUGUCAAAUACUCUGGUGUCUGUCACACUGAUUUGCACGCUUACAAAGGUGACUGGGCCGACCAUGUUCCAUUGAAGUUGCCAUUGAUCGGUGGUCACGAAGGUGCUGGUGUCGUUGUUGCUAUGGGUGCCUCUGUCAAGGGCUGGAAGAUUGGUGAUUUAGCCGGUAUUAAAUGGUUGAACGGUUCUUGUAUGAACUGUGAAUACUGUGAGUUAGGUAACGAAUCUAACUGUAAACAUGCUGAUUUGUCUGGUUACACCCAUGACGGUUCUUUCCAACAAUAUGCUACCGCCGAUGCUGUCCAAGCCGCCAAGAUCCCAAAAGGUACUGAUUUGGCUGAAGUUGCUCCAAUCUUGUGUGCCGGUGUUACCGUCUACAAGGCUUUGAAGACUGCUGAAUUGAUUGCUGGUGACUGGGUUGCUAUCAGUGGUGCUGCUGGUGGUUUAGGUUCUUUGGCCACUCAAUACGCCAAGGCUAUGGGUUACAGAGUUGUUGGUAUUGAUGGUGGUGAAGGUAAGAAAGAAUUGUUCGAAAAAUGUGGUGGUGAAUAUUUCAUUGACUACACCAAAGAAAAGGAUAUUCCAGCUGCUGUUGUGAAGGCUACCAACGGUGGUGCUCACGGUGUCAUUAACGUUUCCGUUUCUGAAAAAGCUAUUUCUGCUUCCACUGAAUACGUUAGAGCUAACGGUACUGUUGUUUUGGUUGGUAUGCCAAGUGGUGCUAAGUGUAUCUCUGAUGUUUUCGACCAAGUUUCCAAAUCUUUCAAGGUUGCUGGUUCUUAUGUCGGUAACAGAGCUGAUACCAGACAAGCUUUGGACUUCUUCGCCAGAGGUUUGGUUAGAUCCCCAAUCACUAUUGAACCAUUGAGUGACUUACCAGAAAUUUACCAAAAGAUGGCCGACAACAAAUUGUUGGGUCGUGUUGUUGUUGACACUUCCAAAUAA